GACGGCUGCCGUAGUUCGAUCAGAAGGUUAAAUAAGAGGAGCGAACAGAAGACGUAGAGAUUGUAGGACGAAUCCAGCUCCAGACGGAUGUGGUCGUUAGCUAAUGAUGUGAAACACAAGUCUAAAAUCUUCAUCUCCCGAGUUCCCCUGCUAUGUUUUGCCCUUCUGUGGACUGCAAACAAGAGAAGCCCAACAGGAUGACCAGUGUGCUCUGUAGCAGAGCCAGGCUGGUUACGUACCUGCCGGGGCUUCACGUUCUGGUGCGGCGCAUCACAGCAGCCCGAUCUUUCUCUGGGGCGUCCGGCUCUGACGAGCCUCAUCUCAACAUCACACCCCCUGAUAUGGGUCUGAGAACUGUAUGGCCAGACGAGACCAUGGGCCCUUUUGGACCUCAGGACAAGCGCUUCCAGCUGCCCGGGAACGCAGGUUUUGCCUGCCAUCUAGAGGGCAUAGCACCGCAGAAGACCAAUGUUGUCCACAGGACAGUACCAGAUGUACUUACAGCUCAGUCCAGCAGCGAGAGGCACGAGUUUGUCCUGGCUCAGUUUGUCGGCGAGUUCCAUGGCAAAGAUGAGGCUUCAUCACAGAAUGUCGGAAGUGUAGAGAAGUAUUUUGACCAUUCUAAAGUGGAAUGUGCGAUACAGUCCUGCCCAGAACUGCUUAAGAAAGACUUUGAGUUGAUGUUCCCUGAAGCCCCCUCCAGUGGCAUGAUGGUGGUCACCGUAACUCAGAAAACAGAGAACGAUAUGACCGCCUGGUCAGAGGAGGUGGACCAGGAGAGAGAGGAGCUACUGGCUAAAUUCAUUGCAGGGGCAAAAGAAAUCUGCCUCGCCCUCCGGACUGAGGGGUUUUGGGCCGACUUUAUAGACCCAUCAUCCGGGCUAGCAUUCUUCGGGUCCUACACAAACAACACGCUCUUCGAAACAGAUGAAAGGUACCGCCACCUGGGUUUUCAAAUCGAGGACCUCGGCUGCUGCAAAGUGAUUCGUCACAGCUUGUGGGGGACGCAUGUGUUUGUGGGAACAGUUUUCACCAACGCACCACCCAACAGCCUUAUAAUGAAGAAGCUGCAAGGGGAUUAAUGCAUUACAUGCUGGGUGGAACAACAUCUUACAACACCGUUUUCAAUCAAAGCUGUUUUUCCAAUCUCCAUACUCGAAUGCUCAGUGUGCUCGACCAGUUCACAGCACCAAAUGCACCGAGAGGGCCGAAGUAUAGAGACUGAAAAAGUGGCACAGAAUUUGAUUGCGUUCUCUCAGAUUUGUUGUAAAUCCCUAUGGGGCACUAUGAAAAGAUGUAUUUAUUUUUUCAGGGUUAGAUGAUUAGCAAUGAAAGCUAAAGAUGCAAAUCGUCAGAUUACUCUAAAACACAUAUUUAUACUUUUUGCCUUUCCUUUAAAUGCAGACCUCACAGAGUUAAACCAACCGUUAGUUUUUUCUGUUGUAUUGUAGUAUCUGUGUUGGUAAGGUAACUGGACAGAUCUCACUGUUAGACAAAUUAGAAGUAGCUAGAUUGCUACUGUGAACCGUUUAACUCAAAUGGCAGCUUCUUAUCCUGAAGAGUCAUGCUACAAUGAACUUGUACUUCUGUUGAACAGUAAUUCCUUACCUGUUGGUGGAAGAUUUGAGCAUGGAUUUGAUGAUCGUAUGAAAAAAGCUGAAUAAAUGAGUGGAGAAACAUAA